CGAUCGUCGAGUGUCAGAACUGGAUGAGUAAACAAAGGACAUGGCUUUCUGCAAAGUGGACAUUGACACUUGUACAUAGAACUCCGUGUCCACGAUGCAGUCAGACGGAGAACCUGGAGCAUCUUUUUCCUCGAAUGUGUCGCCGAGUCAUUAUCGACAAUCUCCGAGUCAACGCGGCGAUGGUGACCCAUCUUCACCGGGUUCCCAUGAACUGAAUGGUCCGCUCACCGGAAGUUUCCAUGAGCCUAUAUCCUUUAAACGCAAACAAAAGCAGCGAUCCGGAUUCAGCUUGUCAAGCUUAUUUUCCAACAAUACGGAACCCGCUGCUGGAGACAGUGGCUUCACCCCUUUGAAUCCCAGAAAUGGACAAACCCAUGAGAGUGUUUCAUCUACGAGGGAUCAACCUAUGAGUAGCAAUGGAAAUCUUAAUGCACAAAAAGAAGGAGCUCUCCUUGAUUGGUAUGUCGAAGGCCCAGGGCGUCGAGUAGGCUAUGACGACCUGACCGCAAUCGACUGGGUCUUCGAAUACACAAAAGAACGACAGAGGAAGAGGCUUCUAUAUUCGCAUGGUCAGCGGGCUGUAGGACAUGUUCUCAAGCUCCUCGAUGCCGGUAAUGUCUGGAUCGUAUUGAUCGCUACUGGAAUUCUAGUUGGGGUCAUUGCAGCUUGUAUUGAUAUUGCAAGCGAUUGGCUAGGAGAUCUGAAAACUGGUUAUUGCAAGAAUGGUGCUGGGGGAGGCAGGUUCUACCUAAAUAAAAGCUUCUGUUGCUGGGGUCAUGAUGAUAUAUCUCAUUGUUUAGAUUGGACACCGUGGGGGAAAGCCCUUGGCAUUACCUCUACCGGUGGCAUCUUCACGAUUGAAUACAUGUUCUAUGUCAUUUACUCUGUGCUGUUUGCUGUAUGCGCUACUGUCUUGGUACGAACCUAUGCACUCUAUGCGAGACACAGUGGUAUUCCUGAGAUCAAGACGAUUCUAGGAGGCUUUGUGAUAAAGCAUUUCAUGGGACCUUGGACACUAGCAAUAAAGUCUCUAGGAUUGUGCUUAUCCGUCGCAUCUGGUUUAUGGCUGGGUAAAGAAGGUCCACUUGUUCACGUCGCAUGCUGUUGUGCCAGCGUGAUAAUGAAGCCUUUCGAGAGUCUAAACCAUAAUGAAGCGAGGAAACGCGAAGUCUUAUCCGCGGCUGCCGCUGCAGGCAUCUCCGUUGCAUUUGGAGCCCCAAUCGGGGGUGUCUUGUUUAGUCUAGAGCAACUAUCCUAUUAUUUUCCCGACAAGACAAUGUGGCAGAGUUUUGUCUGUGCCAUGGUCGCUGCAGUGACAUUACAAGCCUUGAACCCUUUUCGUACGGGCAAUAUUGUCCUUUACGAAGUCACUUAUACACGCGGAUGGCAUCGCUUUGAGAUGAUUCCAUUUGUCAUCCUUGGAAUACUGGGUGGCCUAUAUGGAGCGUUUCUGAUCCGGUUGAAUAUGAAAGUUGCACGAUGGCGACGGUCUCGGAGCUUCUCACGGCCCAUUGCAGAGGUGGUUAUCGUGGCUCUCCUAAGUGCUUUGAUUAACUUCCCAAACUUAUUCAUGAGAUCUCAAAACUCUGAACUUGUUCAUUCCCUUUUUGCUGAAUGUGGCAGUGGGAGUGAGGAUCCUUUUGGUCUCUGCAAAACCGGGGCUGCGUCGGUUACUACUAUAGCUCUUCUACUCAUGGCCGCGCUCCUUGGGUUUUUUCUUGCAACGGUGACUUUUGGGUUGGAUCUACCCGCCGGCAUCAUCCUUCCUUCCGUUGCCAUUGGCGCUUUAUAUGGGCGGGCUUUAGGCACAACAUUCAAGAUGUGGCAAGAGGCUUAUCCAAAAGUCUUUCUAUUCGGCAACUGCGAGCCGGAUAUCCCCUGUGUCACCCCAGGACUAUAUGCCAUUGUUGGAGCGGCCUCGGCACUUGGUGGAGCCACAAGGAUGACCGUAUCGAUAGUCGUCAUUAUGUUCGAGCUUACCGGCGCCUUGACCUACGUUAUACCGAUUAUGAUUGCAGUCAUGUUAUCGAAGUGGUGUGGGGACAUAUUUGGAAAACGUGGCAUAUACGAGUCAUGGAUCGAGUUGAAUGAAUAUCCUUUCCUCGACCAACGUGAUGAUACCACUCCACCCGACGUGCCUGCUCAUAAAGUCAUGACGACUGUAGAUGAUUUAACAGUCAUCAACGCCACGGGUCAUACAAUUGACAGUCUUCGUCACCUUCUCAUGACCACUUCAUACCGCGGGUUUCCCGUAGUAACCGAUACAUCAAACCCUAUCCUUCUGGGUUAUAUUUCUCGCAAUGAGCUUUCAUUUGCUUUGAAGUAUUCAAAAUCGCCUGCAGACCGCGAGUUAUCUGGUGAAAUGCAAGUGUUCUUUGCCCACCAACCUUUUGCAGAUCCAGUGGAAACACUCGACCUUCGUCCAUGGAUGGACCAGACCCCUAUCACCCUUAACAGCAGUACAACAUUUCUGACGGUGCUUCGAAUGUUCCAAAGGCUUGGACUGCGUUACAUAUUACUUGCAGACAAAGGGGUUCUCCAAGGAUUGCUCACCAAAAAAGAUGUCUGGUCUGUCAAUAAUGGACCAGAAUACCGUAAAGGUGAAUUACUCAGAGAGAAUGUGGUCCGUUCUGUGCAUACAGCAGAGGAGGUUGGGCUUCUGGAAAGUGAUGACGGGACCAGUCUAGCUAGUUCUCUAGAAAGACGUCAGUCGCUUUGAUUCAAUUCACGGGAAAUAGGAGUAUGCCGGAAUAUCCAUGAGCCUGGUAUAGCAUGUCCUGUGUGUCGCAUAUACGAAAUGCCUAUGUUUAUUUCUAUAACGCAAAUUACGUGGGUUUGGUUUUUGAUAUGAAAUAGAGCUUGAUACGGGAAGGGCUGGAUACCUUGGCCAAUAUUUAUGGCGUUAUGUUGGGCUUUUCAUUGGUUUUUUCUGAUUUUUAAUUACUAUACUGGAGUGGCCUUACUGCUUCACCUGACACCUUGUUAUAUAUACACCAUCCACAUCCUGUGA